AUGAUAUCCUCUUAUUCAAUCCAGAAAGCUUUCACCAACCAGAUCGCACUACAAGAGGAGCCAAUACUGGUUUUGAAGAGGAUUGACUAUUUCUGCACGCUAGACUCUGAGGCACAGAGUGGGGAUUUAGAUGGGGGCGAUAUGCCAAAGGUACCGGCCUCCUUGGAAAUGUCAAAUACCGAGGCAGGUCAGCAAAUUCAAGCAUCUGAAGCAGUUGACGACCUGGAUCUCCAAUUCAAGGCCCUGUCGUUCCACACUUCCAUGUAUGCCCUUGGAAAUCGACUGCUCAUCCAGAGGCUGAAGGAUUUUGCAAGGUUCAAGCGUGGAAGUGCUAAAAAAUAA